AUGGACUCCGCGCUGGUGCACGGCAUGGCGUUUGUAUCAGCAACGUACGCCGGUUUAACGCCCCGCAUCGAGUCCGAAUAUGCCAUGACGCUGCAAGAUAGCUCGACGCCAGGCAAGUACGUAGUGAAGCUCACGAACCAGCAGACAUGGGUGAUAUUUGCGAGCGAUAUGGGGGCUUCGUUCCACAUCACGGGGUCAGCUCUUGUGAGCAAUGCGGUUUACACUGGAACACUUCGGAUGGCAAUUCUACCUGAGACUGGCGAUGAGAGUGUCUACGACGACUACGCGUCGUGUGUUGUCCGUGGUGGAGACGUGUCAGUGCAGUCCCGAACAAGCUACUCGCUGGACUGGGAGACUGAAGGCAGUAGCUGUGACAGCACGGGUCUGUUGCAUUUCGCGCUACCGCAUCAAGUGGAAGUUAUGAAAGAGGCUAUUACGACGAAGAGCAAGGGUGUCAUCGUACUGCACUCGAGCACUCGUGGUGAUAUGGUGGCUCAAGUGACGAAAUUUGGUAGCUGGGCCUUGAGAGAGGAUGAAGCAGACGAAGAAGUGGACUUCUAUCCAUCAACUAAGCCGUCAGCUGAUGUAGUUGCGCAGGUUAACCUUCUGUCCACGUUGCAGAGCGAUAUUGACAGCGAUUGGGUUCUGGACAAGGGGAGUUGGUACUUCAGUGGAAAAUCAUUUCAAAAGUAUGCAUCAUUAUGCCUUAUAGCAGCGGACACCACUGUAGUUGGAGAUGACACGACCCUACUUCGACGCUGUCUGGAUAAGCUGGAAGCACUUUUGAAAUCAUUCGGGACGAACACCCUUAGCUCACCUUUAGUGUACGAUACGACAUACAAGGGAAUAGUGACAAGUCUGGCGUUUACCACCGGAGACAUAAAUGCCGAUUUUGGCAAUGGAGUGUAUAACGACCACCACUAUCACUACGGCUACUGGGUGACGGCGUCGGCUAUCUUGAAGAAACUAGACCCCUCAUGGUCAGGCAUAGAGCAACUUGACACUAUGGUGUGGACGCUGCUUCGUGAUGUGGCUAACCCAAGCUUGGAUGACCAAUACUUUCCAAGAUUUCGCCAUUUCUCGUGCACAUCAGAGGACGUGAACUUCUACUACGGCAUGAAACUCUGGGGACAGGUAUCGGGUAACAAGGCGGUGGAAGAUCUAGGUAGUCUUAUGCUACGCCUCAACGCUCGUACCGUACGCACCUACUUCCUCAUGACGUCGGACAACACGAUACACCCGCCUCAGUUCGUUCCGAACCACGUCACAGGCAUCUUCUUCGACAACAAGGCGGACUACACAACAUGGUUCAGCGCCGAAAAGUAUUGCAUUCACGGCAUCCAAAUGAUUCCGGUGUCGCCUAUCAACGGCUUAGCACGCACGAAGACGUUCAUCCAGGAAGAAUGGGAUGACAUUUUAUCAAAGGAACCGAUUGUUACGGGCAGUGAUACCUCCAACGCGUGGCUGUCGCUGUUACUUGUGAACGAGGCUGUCAUCAACCAGGCUGAUGCAUUGGCAAAGCUGGCGACGGCCACGAUGGACGACGGUCUCACCCGUUCGUGGCUCUGUCCAAUGCCGCAUCUCAUCAAACCGCAGCCUACAUUGAAGCUGAGAUCGGCGUUGAAGGCGAAAUUAGCCUCUAGGAUUUGA